AUGGCUCCUCCGCUGCAGGAUACCGGGGUGGGGGCUGUAGGGGGAGAGAAAAAGGCGAACGGGAGUGAAAUCUGUUCCCGCCGUUUUUUCACGUGGGAAGAAAUCGGUCUGCGUACGGGACGGAUUCAACCUCAUCUUAAGGAGAAGUGGCUUGUGAUUGACAGGAAGGUCUACGACAUCAGCAGCUUCUGCCAGCGGCACCCGGGGGGCCAGAGGGUGAUUUCCCACUACGCUGGGCAGGAUGCCACGGAUGCAUUCACAGCAUUUCACCUGAAUAAGGCUCAACCAGCCAAGUAUUUGAAUUCAUUGCUCAUAGGGGAACUGGCACAUGAUCAACCAACUAGUGAACCCACCAAAAAUCAAUUGCUUACUCAAGAUUUCCGGGAACUGCGAUCCACUGUUGAGAAAAUGGGACUUCUGAAGCCAAAUCUCUGGUUUUUCUUUCUGAUAUUUGUUCAUAUUUUAUUCUUCGAUAUCAGUGCUUGGUUGAUAAUCUGGUAUUUUGGCACAUCUUUAAUACCAUUCUAUGCAGGUGUUGCAUUCUUUACUAUUGCUCAGGGCCAAUUGUCCUGGCUCCAACAUGAUUUGGGUCACCUUUCAGUCUUUAGAACAUCUAAGGGGAAUCAUAUUGCCCAUAGGAUCGUCUUGAGUCAACUGAAAGGAUUUCCAGCCAAUUGGUGGAAUAAUUUGCAUUUCCAGCAUCAUGCCAAACCAAACUGCUUUCGUAAAGACCCUGAUCUCAACAUGCAUCCCAUUGCGUUUGCCUUAGGGACAAAACUAGCUACAGAGCUUGGAUUGCAGAAAAAGAAGUACAUGCCUUACAAUUAUCAACACAAGUACUUCUUCAUAAUCGCACCGCUUUUAAUGAUUCCCUUCUUCCAGUUAUCCAUAUACCACGCUACAAUCAAACGCAGAGAAUGGGUGGAUCUAGCCUUGAUUGUCAUUUACCAAAUCAGAGUCAUGGUUGUCUACAUACCCAUUAUGGGAUUUGGUUGUUUUAUGGCAUACUACUGGCUGGGCAGAUUUCUGGAAGCAACUUGGUUUAUCUGGGUUUCACAAAUGAAUCACAUUCCAAUGAAUAUUGACUAUGACACAAACAUGGACUGGGUAUCUACCCAGCUCCAUGCAACAUGCAAUGUGAAUCAGUCAUUUUUCAAUGACUGGUUCACCGGUCACCUGAAUUUCCAGAUUGAACACCACCUUUUCCCCACAAUGCCUCGCCACAACUACAGUAAAGUGGCUCCCCUUGUGAAAUCCCUCUGUGCCAAGCAUGGUAUUACCUAUCAGAGCAAGCCCCUACUUACAGCCUUUGGAGACAUUUUACGAUCUCUUAAGGUCUCUGGAGAAGCCUGGCUUGAAGCAUAUCUACAUGGAUAAACAUUUCGAGAAUGAACUCCAUCCCAUUGAAGAUGCAUCACGCACUAGAGGCAGCUGGUGGACUAAGGAAGAAUGUGGGGUCUAGUGGGUAAAUAGGCUAAGUGAUAGUUUUGCUGGGAUGGGAUAAUUGUGAUACUUUUCUUCAUCCUCUGUACAGUUUUUCCUUGGAUCUGUAUUCUGUUUGUACUGUGGCAUUUGGGGGAUAUGCGAAAAGUGAAUUAGUAUCCUUGUAUUUCACUUGAUGCUUCUAUGAGAUUGAAACUUGGCUUUCUUUUUUCCUUGUUUUGGGGAAGGUUGUCAUAUGGGAAAGGCAAAGAGUUUAGAACAGAAGGAUGAAGUAAUGAGAAGAAAGAAGAUAAAAAUACAGUUUCUACUGUAACUUUAUAUGUUACUUGAAGGACAAUUUGAAGUUUUAGGAUACCUUGCAAGGUCCAAUUUCUCUUGAAAGAGCAAAAGUCUUAGUUUUUAAAAAAAUCCUGU